GAAACCACGAAUUCUGUGAGUUUAAAGAACUCAUUGAAAGUAUUGGCCGCCGAUUACUGGUCGGCCAUAAGGUGGCGGUCGCCAAAUGGGACUCAAAGACACCGAUUGUAGACAAGAUCAGAGAAGAAGAGGUCAUCCAAACAGUUGUCAAUCAAUCAAAAGACGUCGGAUUAGACGAGUUUUGGGCCAAAAGCUUCUUUCGCUCGCAAAUCGAUGCCAACGUUUAUCUGCAGCAGAACUUACACCUCAUUUGGCACGAGUCUGGACACAGACCUGACGGACCAACAGUUGAUUUAAAGACUGAAGUCAGACCUAUCAUUGAUCGUCUGAAUCGCGAAUUAAUUUUCUUGGCAAACAAUACCAUAUCUUUUAGGGAAAGUAAGCCAUGUAUUGAACUGAAAGAUAAUGUCACGGAAGAGGUUUCGGCCAAACUUAUGAUGACUGCUAUCGACAAGAAGGCAUUUUUAAUGGCUUUGACCCACGAGAUUCGGAUUAUUGGUGUUUAUAAACGGGAUAAAAGUGAUGGAAAGUAUGAAAAGGAGGGCAUAAAGAUAGGCAAUGAGGGCUCAACUGAUAAACACAUCCAAU